CUCAGAUAACGCGUCAUCAAGUAGCCUACCGAAGUUACCGACGCCAUUUUGGCUCAAACAAACUCCAUUUCACUUACUAGUAAAACAUAUUCGUCUUUUAAAAAAUCGCAUUUUAUACACAAUGCAUUAAAGAGACCGCCGUAAAGUCACUGCGUGCGUCUGCUAAAAUAACUGCUGUAUCUUUUUCUGAAUUGUAAAGUAUUUUUAAUAAUACUGCUUCUAAGUCCUGUGCUAGCAGUCCGCUACGUGUCACCGUUGUUGUGCCCAGAUGAUAAGUUAAACAUCUGGCGAAUGUAAAUAAAAAUGGGUGGAUGCUCCGCUCCAAACUGCUCGAACUCUACAACUAUUGGAAAGCAGCUCUUUCGCUUUCCGAAAGACCCCGUGCGCAUGAGAAAGUGGCUGGUAAACUGUCGGCGUGAUUUUGUACCCACUCCCUGCUCCAGACUGUGCCAGGACCACUUUGAAGAAAGCCAGUUUGAGGAGAUCGCCAGAUCACCAGCAGGGGGAAGGAAACUCAAACCCAACGCUAUCCCCACACUCUUCAAUGUACCCGACCCUCCCUCUCCUGUCACCCCCCAAGCAGUGUUACCUGUUAAAAAUGAGCCAGAAAAGGACUUGAACAUGGGGGAUCAUGGAUAUGCCCGCCGACAGCCACCUGUGGAUUCAGAGGAGGAUGGGGUUCAGCGGACAGAUGAGGAGCGACCCUGUUCUCUCUGCCAGCAUUAUAAAACCAAACUGGAGCAGCAGCAGCAACACACAGUCAGACUACAGAGAGAGGUAACAUUCAUUCUAAUAAAUCAUAAUCGAUUGGACAUAUUAGCGAUCGAAAGCACAUUUUGUCAUUUCUUUGUUACACAGGCAGAGGAGAUGAAGAAACGUCUUUACAAACUGAGUAAAAUAGAGAAGGGGCUACAGGUGUUCCUGUUUGAGGAUCAGAUACGCGCCCUAACGUUGGCCAAGCGUUCUCGGAGGGCAGUGUGGUCCCAUGAUACUUUACUGACAGCCCGUAAAAUCCGCUGCGCAGUGGGGGUUAAAGGAUACGAGUACCUAAGGGAACUGGGCUACCCUUUACCUUCUUACAGGACGCUGUGUAAUCGCCUGGAGCCCAAAAUGAUGGUGACCACGAGUAUGCAGGACGAGCUGGCAGAGCUCGGCCUGGGCAUCAUAACAGCUUGUGACAGUCCAGAGGGCAACGUGACGAGUGAUGAACGACUGAUUGGAGUCAUGACCUGAGACACUGUGUUUGCAAGAAACUGCACUGAUGCUUGACUGUUAAAUCAGCCAAAGGCGGGACUCGCAGAAGAUGUGUGUUUACUGGGUUAAGUUAUUUGGGGUUGUUGUCAUUGCAUUUUGAAACCAUUUGCAUAAAUACCACAACAGUCUGGAGAUGAUUCACUAACUAUUAUGUGUUUUUUUUGUUUUAACAAAAAUAAAUAUUUUGGUCUUGCUGCAUCGGGCUGUGUAGUUGGAAUCCCUUAAAUGUUACCUAUUUUAAGAAAAUUGAGGUAAACUGUUGGUGGAAUAAUUUAAACUCUUCACAAAAUCAUAAGAAUAUACCCUGAAAACCAAAUGUUAUCACUCUAUACUUGAUUUUUUGCUACUGAGACAAAGAUAUUAGAAAGUCUUUGCUUGUUUCUGUGAGAGGAAGUUGAGAAAUGAGACUUGGAAAAUGUCACUAUUUUAAAGUGGUAUAUUGGUAGUUUUAAAGUGGUGUAAAUCUGGUGUACGAGUUUAGUAGCCAAAAAGAUAGCACAUAUUUAUAGAGCCACCACACAAAUGAUUCAUGCAGUUGCCAAACGGAAGGGAACUGUGCUGAAUAAUAAACUUCUGUCUUUCUGCAAA